UCUGAGGGGAAGUUUGGCCGCCGCCGCCGCCGCCGCGGGCCCCGUGAGGAGGAGCCGCCGCCGGGAGCGCGGUCCCGGCACCGCCGCGCCGCCAUGGGCAACCGGGGCAUGGAGGAGCUCAUCCCGCUGGUCAACAAGCUGCAAGACGCCUUCAGCUCCAUCGGGCAGAGCUGCCACCUCGACCUGCCGCAGAUCGCCGUGGUGGGCGGGCAAAGCGCCGGCAAGAGCUCGGUGCUCGAGAACUUCGUGGGCCGGGAUUUCCUUCCCCGUGGCUCUGGAAUUGUCACUCGUCGGCCUCUCAUCCUGCAGCUCAUCUUCUCCAAGACGGAAUAUGCCGAGUUCCUGCACUGCAAAUCCAAGAAAUUCACGGAUUUCGACGAGGUGCGGCAGGAGAUCGAGGCGGAGACCGACCGGGUGACAGGCACCAACAAGGGCAUCUCCCCCGUGCCCAUCAACCUGCGCGUGUACUCCCCACACGUGCUGAACCUGACGCUGAUCGACCUCCCGGGGAUCACCAAGGUGCCGGUGGGGGAUCAGCCGCAGGACAUCGAGUUCCAGAUCCGGGACAUGAUCCUGCAGUUCAUCAGCCGGGAGAGCAGCCUCAUCCUGGCUGUCACGCCGGCCAACAUGGACCUGGCCAACUCGGACGCGCUCAAGAUGGCCAAGGAAGUGGAUCCGCAGGGCCUGCGGACCAUCGGGGUCAUCACCAAGCUGGACCUGAUGGACGAAGGCACCGACGCCCGGGACGUGCUGGAGAACAAACUGCUGCCCCUGCGGAGAGGAUACAUCGGGGUGGUCAACCGGAGCCAGAAGGACAUCGAUGGCAAGAAGGACAUCCGGGCCGCGCUGGCGGCCGAGCGCAAGUUCUUCCUGUCGCACCCGGCCUACCGGCACAUGGCCGAGCGCAUGGGCACCCCGCACCUCCAGAGGGUCCUCAACCAGCAACUCACCAACCACAUCCGGGAGACGCUGCCCUCGCUGCGGAGCAAGCUCCAGAGCCAGCUGCUCUCCCUGGAGAAGGAGGUGGAGGAGUACAAGAACUUCCGCCCCGACGACCCCGCGCGGAAAACCAAAGCCCUGCUGCAGAUGGUGCAGCAGUUUGGGCUGGACUUUGAGAAGCGGAUCGAGGGUUCAGGAGACCAGGUAGACACCCUGGAGCUCUCCGGGGGCGCCAGGAUCAACCGGAUUUUCCACGAGAGGUUCCCUUUUGAGCUUGUGAAGAUGGAAUUUGACGAGAAGGAUUUGAGGCGGGAGAUCAGCUACGCCAUCAAGAACAUCCAUGGGGUGAGGACGGGGCUGUUCACGCCGGACCUGGCGUUCGAGGCCAUUGUGAAGAAGCAGGUGGUGAAGCUGAAGGAGCCGUGCCUGAAAUGCGUGGAUUUGGUGAUCCAGGAGCUCAUCAACACCGUGCGCCAGUGCACCAGUAAGCUCGGUUCCUACCCCAGGUUGCGGGAGGAGACGGAGCGGAUCGUCACCACCCACAUCCGCGAGCAGGAGGGCAAGACCAAGGACCAGAUCCUGCUGCUCAUCGACAUCGAGCUCUCCUACAUCAACACCAACCACGAGGAUUUCAUCGGAUUUGCCAACUGUUUCACUGAGCAGCACGUGGUGACCGGCGCGCAGCAGCGGAACACACAGACCAACAAGAAGAGAGCGAUCCCGAACCAGGGGGAGAUCCUGGUGAUCCGCAGGGGCUGGCUCACCAUCAACAACAUCAGCAUCAUGAAGGGCGGCUCCAAGGAGUACUGGUUCGUGCUCACGGCCGAGUCGCUGUCCUGGUACAAGGACGAGGAGGAGAAGGAGAAGAAGUACAUGUUGCCUUUGGAUAAUCUGAAAAUCAGGGAUGUGGAGAAGGGAUUCAUGUCCAACAAACACGUCUUCGCCAUCUUCAACACGGAGCAGAGGAACGUGUACAAGGACCUGCGGCAGAUCGAGCUGGCCUGUGACUCCCAGGAAGACGUGGACAGCUGGAAAGCCUCCUUCCUCCGGGCGGGAGUUUAUCCCGAGAAAGACCAAACGGAGAGCGAGGACGGGGCUCAGGAAAACACCUUUUCCAUGGAUCCGCAGCUGGAGCGGCAGGUGGAGACCAUCCGGAACCUCGUGGAUUCCUACGUCGCGAUCAUCAACAAAUCCAUCCGGGACCUCAUGCCAAAGACCAUCAUGCACCUCAUGAUCAACAAUACCAAGGAUUUCAUCCUCUCGGAGCUCCUGGCGUUCCUGUACUCCUCAUCCGACCAGAACAGCCUGAUGGAGGAGUCGGCGGAGCAGGCGCAGCGCCGGGACGAGAUGCUGCGCAUGUACCACGCGCUCAAGGAGGCGCUGGGCAUCAUCGGCGACAUCAGCACCAGCACCGUGUCCACGCCUGUGCCCCCGCCCGUGGACGACACCUGGCUGCAGCCUGGCGCCGGACACAGCCCCCCCCCGCAGCGCCGGCCACCCUCGGCUCUGCUCCCUCCGGGCCGCCCUCCCUCGCUCCGGGCCCCGGCUCCGGGGCCGCCGCCGCUGCUGCCGCUGCCCGGGGGGGGCCCGCCCGCCUUCACCGCGCCCCCGAUCCCGUCCCGCCUCGGCCCCUUCGCCGCCGCCAGCGACCCCUUCACGGCCCCGCCCCAGAUCCCCGCCCGGCCCGCGCGGAUCCCGCCCGGGAUCCCACCGGGAGUACCCAGGAGACCCCCGGCAGCCCCGAGCCGCCCGACCAUCAUCCGCCCGGCCGAGCCGUCCCUGCUGGAUUAACCCCGGAGCUGCCGGGGAUCCGCGGGAUCCGCCCCCCCGCCGCCGCCGCCGCCGCCCUCGGAACGGGGGAGAACGGGGGAAAAACAACCCCGAGCCCCUCGCAGCCCUCCCGGAACCCCCCGGCCGAUCCCAGGGCCGAUCCCGGGGCUGAUCCCGGAUCCCGGGGCCGAUCCCGGGGCUGAUCCCGGCCGGUGGCAGCUCCAUGGCUGGUCCCAGCAGCUGAUCCUGGCAGCUCCGAGGCUGCUCCCGGAGCCCCCCCAGCCCGUCCGGGGCGCAGGCCGGGACAGUGACGGAUUUUUGGGGUGGGGGGGGAAUAUUGCACUUUGUCAGAAUUCCCGGCGCUCCCGCCGGGAUGGCCCGAGGGGGGUGAUGGUCCGAUCCCCACUCUUGCCUUCCUCCUCCUCCUCCUCCUCCUCUUCCUCCUCUUCUUCCUCCUCUCCCCCUCCCACAAGUUUUGUAUGAAUAUAUUCCCCAGAACGCCGUGGGAUUUGGGGAUUCUCCCCCAGACCCGCCCACGGCUCCUCCCCUGCCGCAGCCCAGGUUUGGGGGUUUUUUUUUUAGAGCUUCGGGGUUUUUAGAGGUGGGGAAAAUACUGGAAUUCCCAGAGGGAUUCACUAAUGAACCCAAUUCCCGGUCGGUCCGCGAACCUCAGGAAUUUCCUCUCGGGAAUAACCCCGCGGAGGAGGAGGAGGAGGAGGAGGAGGAAGCCGCGACCCCCCAGGCUCCGUUAUCCCGGGAAGCCGCAGCGUCCCGGGGCAGGGGGAGGGGGGAUCCGUAUCCAUGGGGAAUUCCCGGAGCGAGGAGGGGGGGGUUUGCUCUGGAAGCAUCUCCCCCUUCUCUCCCCCCGUGUUCCCAAUCCCGCUCCGCCGGCUCCGGCUGGGAGCCGAGGUUGUAAAUAUUUUUACAGACUUGUAUUAAUUGUAUAAAAAAAAAAAGGAAAAAAAAAACAAAACAAAAAACCCAAAAAAAACCAAAACCAGGAAAAAAAAAAAAGAAAAAAACAAAAAAAAACAAAAACAAAACUUCCCGGCCCAGCAAUAAUAUGGAUUUUUCCAACCCCCCCCGGCCCCGGUGCCUUAACGACCCCCCGGCUCGGGGGGGCCAAUUAAUCCAUUAACGAGCCGGGGGCGGUUUUGGGGGGGCGGCUCCGGCCCCCCCCGGGGGUCCCCCCGAAGUGCCUCCGCUCCGCGUCCCAUUAAUGAACUAAAAACCGGCAAAAAAAUCCAAAUAAAGGGAAAAAAAAAUCAAAA